AUGUGCUUAACCAAGAAGCUUGUAUGCUUUCUUUUCUUCAGUCUGCUCUUUGCUAUGACUCUUGUUGAUGUAGUACACGGUUUAUCUUUCUCAAGUAAGAAGUCUGCAUCGGCUACGGUAGCUUCUUUGACUUCAAGCAAACCGAACAUUCCAAAGAAAGCACCGAAAGAUGUACCUACAACAACAUUAAGACCUGGUGAUCACAAGAUCUUUAGUGAUCAGAUCGCGCGGAAAAAGGCUUCUGCAACAGAAGCUGCUCAGUAUAAUCAUGACAGAGGCAAUCCAGCAGGGGCAGUGAAUCAUGAAAGAGCAAAGGCUUAUUUGGAACACACUCAGAAAGUGAUCAAUAGUACUCCAGUAAAUGGUAAAAUCAAGAUCUCAAGGUCUGAAUCCAAUCUCAAUACAGUAUAUCAUCCUGCUAAGAAGAGUUUCCGCUUGUGGUGA